CCUCCAAAACAUCCCCUUCCCCAGCGAGUCAUCCAUCCUCCAACACCCGACAGAAGAAAACAAACAAUACACACAAUGCCUGCCGACACUGUAGGAAAGACUAUUACGUGCAAGGCCGCCGUUGCCUGGGAAGCCGGCAAGGACUUGUCCAUCGAGGACAUUGAGGUCGCCCCGCCCAAGGCCCACGAGGUCCGCAUCGAAAUCUACUACACCGGUGUCUGCCAUACCGACGCCUACACGCUCUCUGGGAAAGACCCCGAGGGUGCUUUCCCCAUUGUCCUGGGCCAUGAGGGCGCCGGUAUUGUCGAGUCCGUCGGCGAGGGCGUCACCAACGUGAAGCCUGGCGACCACGUCGUUGCCCUCUACACCCCCGAAUGCCGCGAAUGCAAGUUCUGCAAGUCCGGAAAGACGAACCUCUGCGGCAAGAUCCGCGCAACCCAAGGCAAAGGCGUCAUGCCCGACGGCACCUCGCGCUUCAAGGCCAAGGGCAAGGAUCUCCUCCACUUCAUGGGCACCUCCACCUUCUCCCAAUACACCGUCGUCGCAGACAUUUCCGUCGUCGCCAUCACCGACAAAGCCCCCAUGGACCGCACCUGCCUGCUCGGCUGCGGCAUCACCACCGGCUACGGCGCAGCCGUCAUCACUGCCGGCAAAGACGGAAUCGAGGAGGGCGCCAACGUUGCCGUCUUCGGCGCCGGAUGCGUGGGUCUCAGCGUGAUUCAGGGCGCCGUCAAGAACAAGGCCUCGCGUAUCAUCGUCGUCGACGUCAACGACACAAAGGAAGAGUGGAGCAAGAAGUUUGGUGCGACCGACUUUGUCAACCCCACCAAGCUCGGCUCCCAGAGCAUCCAGGAGAAGCUGAUUGAGAUGACGGACGGUGGAUGCGACUACACGUUCGACUGCACCGGCAACGUCAACGUGAUGCGUGCUGCGCUCGAGGCGUGUCACAAGGGUUGGGGAGAGAGUAUCGUCAUUGGUGUUGCGGCUGCCGGUCAGGAGAUCAGCACACGGCCCUUCCAACUCGUAACCGGCCGCGUCUGGAAAGGCUGCGCGUUCGGCGGCGUCAAGGGCCGCACCCAGCUCCCCGGUCUCGUCGCGGAUUACAUGAAUGGCGAUCUCAAGGUCGAUGAAUUCAUCACGCACCGUCAACCGCUGGAUAAAAUCAACCAGGCAUUCGGCGAUAUGAAGGCCGGCGAUUGUAUAAGGUGUGUCGUCAACAUGCGCGAGUGAGUGUUUUGCACGGAUCGACGAGUGAGAAGGGUUUUCCUUGUUUGAAUGGCUGGACACGGCGAGAUUGGGAAUCUGCGUAUGCGCUCUCCUUGUCUUUUUUUUUCGAUGAAGCGAGAUAGCGAAAUGGAAAAGAGAUGGGAGAAGGGAUCCUCCGCUCGGGACCUCUAGAUUCAAAUCAGUCUUGUCUUGUCUGUUUCUCUGUCUAUAUAAGUCCAGUCCAGGCACUCUUCCUUAUUUACCUCAACUCGAACAUAUGUAAACGUUUUUUUUUUUGAAAGAAUCAUCGCAAGGUACAGGUCCAGUGUUGCCGUUUUUCUUUUAGGGUUAUGGUUGAUGAGUUUCUCUUUUUCUGAGUACCUUGUUCACCCCCAUCCUAUUCCUCCUAGCUCUCCCCACCCACCGGCGUCAUUCUCUCCUACUCUUAGUCUCCCCCUCCCUCUCCCCUUCCCCUUGAUAUUUAGUUACAGCUCUAUUACGUGCUAGUAAAUAGAUAAAUUAAGUACAUAUAUAACUGCUUUAGUGCUUGGCUCAGCACGUAAAACUCUAGAAUUAUUAUUGUUAUUGUCACCGUCGCAACAUCUUAUUUUAUUUGAUUCUAGUUAUACAUAUUAGAACUACAUAGCUAGGUUAGGUUAGGUAUUGCAGCUGACGUAAUAACGUGGGUGGAAGGAAGGAAGAGGAGUGUGGGUAUAUAAACCCCGCCUUUUUCCCUCUUAUUUCUUUUGUUCUUCUUCUCUAUAAUGCACUGCGGUGUGGAGUGAGGAUGAUAGAGGGGGAUAUAACUACAAGUCGAAAAAGAAGGACAUGGUGGUAGUGGGUGGAGUGUGUUUAUGCUUCUAAAGCGAGCGUUUUUUAAUCUGAUUUGAUUUAGUAAGGAAGAGGGUAGUGGUGGUGGUGAUGAUGAUGAUGAUGAUGUGUCUGCUAUAUUAUUGCUAUUGCAAGAAUUCAGUUUAGCAUCUAGAUAACUU